AUGUCCAAUCUCCAUUCAUGGUGGCUUUUAGCUGGGCUCUUCGCUGUUGCCAACUGUGCAACUCAACCUGCCCAACAACAGAGCAAUUUGCCUUAUGUAAAGAUAGCCCCUGGCAAUGAGGAUUUUGCCUUUCGAUUUUACCAUCAGAUUGCUUCAGAGGAACCUGGGAAGAACAUUUUCUUUUCUCCUGUCUCCAUCUCUACUGCCUUUGCCUUCCUGUCACUGGGGGCUAAAUCCGCCACACUGAGUCAGCUUUUGGCAGGGCUUGGCUUUAACCAGAAGGGGAUCAGUGAGGGAGAUAUACACAAAGGUUUUCAGAGUCUUCUCCAAUCGCUAAACCGCCCAAAGGCUGGGUUUGAGCUGAGCCUUGGAAAUGCUAUUUUCACGAAUGAUCAGUUCACACUCCUCAAGAAGUUCUUGACUGAUGCCAAGAAUUUUUAUCAAGCUGAUGCUCUUCCUACUAAUUUCAAAAAACCCCAAGAAGCUGUAAAGCAGAUCAAUAACUACGUACAGAAGCAAACACAUGGAAAAAUAGUUGAUGUAAUCAAAGAUCUUGAUUCGUCAGUUCUCGCUGUCCUUGUAAACUAUAUUUAUUUCAAAGCGCAGUGGGAAAGUCCUUUUAAUCGUAACUAUACUGGAAACAGUGAUUUCUUUGUGGAUGCGAAAACAAAGGUGCAAGUUCCCAUGAUGAUCAACGAUGACUAUUAUAAUUAUUACGAAGACAAGAAACUGUCCUGCUACGUUGUCCAAGUUCCCUACAAGGGUAAUGUGAAGGCCUUGUUCGUUCUCCCUGACCAAGGAAAACUGAAACAGGUGGAAGCUGCACUUGGGAAAGACGUGUUGCUAAAAUGGGAACAAUCGUUGGAAGUAGGGAAACUAGCCCUCUUUCUUCCAAGGUUUUCCAUGUCUACUAGUUAUGAUGUUAAAAAGAUAUUAAAUAAAUUGGGAGUUACUGACAUAUUUACAGACCGUGCUGACCUAUCCGGUAUUACUGGAGCACGUAACCUCAGGGUUUCAAAGACAAUUCACAAAGCUUUUCUAAAUGUCCGUGAGAAUGGCACUGAAGCUGCAGCUGCCGCAGUGCUUCAGAUUGGCGACCGUUUCGGCGUUAUCACAGUAAAAUUCAACAGGCCAUUCGUCUUCCUGAUAGUUGAUUAUCAGUCUAAGACUAUCUUAUUCAUGGCAAGAGUGAAUAAUCCAAGCGUGGAGCAGUCACAAAAUUAG